UUUCUCAACAGUCUCUGGAAAGUUGUUGAAAGUGAUGGCUUCCAGUCCAUCGGGUGGGGCAAUGACGGAGACUUCAUCGUGAUUGAGGCACUGGCCAGAGGAGGAGCUCUCAAAGUUUUUGAUGUUGGCAGCAUGAAAGGUUUUCUUCAUCGCUUUCAUCACCAUGGCUUCUACAUCACGCAUGGGGAUUUGCCAAUGUCUGCCUCACGUGCUAUGAAACAAAGGUGUGGAACUGAAUUCUUCCAUUUACUUUGCUCCUAUCACCCCUAUUUCAAGAGAGAUCGUCUCCAGUGCCAAAGAAGAUUCAAGCAGACUGUUGGUGCUAGAAGGAGAAGACCGGCUGCCUCCUCGCAGGCCCUGGGUUGGAAGGAGGGCCAGCAGAGCAGAAGCCUGCAGGCAGAGAUGCAGUCAGGUGCUGCUGCAUGGGCAGGCAGUGAGCUCCCUGUUAGCAGCUGCAAUGCUGCUCCUGCUGCUCCUGCUGCUGCAAAUCACAGCACACGUCCAGCACCAAGCGGUCCUUCUCCACCGGGGCUGGGGCCAGAUAGUGGAGCUGCAGCUGAUGGAGUUGGACGUGGCUACAACUUGCACUCCGGGAAGCAUUGCAGAUGGGAGUGGUACCACGAAGAUAGUGUAGAGUCGUUUAAAGAAUAA